AAUGAUGGCUCCGCAUGCGCACAUUCUCAUUUGGUUAGUCGAAAGAAUGCAACCUGACCAAAUUGAUGACAUCACAUUUGUCCAGAUUCCUGAUCCCGAAACCGAUCCAGACCAGCAUGUUUUCGUUAUUACAAACAUGAGUCAUGGACCGUGUGGCGUCAUUAACCCACAAUCAACGUGCAUGGUCGACGGCAAGUGUUCCAAGCGUUAUCCACGAAAUUUGACUGCUGAAACUAUCCCUGGCAACGAUGGUUAUCCACUAUAUCGGCGUCGAUCAUCUGAUGAUGGCGCUAGAACAAUCACAGUCAAAGUGAAAGGAAAUGAUUUCCUUGUCGACAACUCUUGGGUUGUUCCGUAUUCGCCACUUCUUUCCAAAUUAUGCAAGGCGCAUUGUAACGUGGAAUAUUGCAAUUCACUGAAUUCCAUCAAGUACAUCUGCAAAUAUGUCGCAAAAGGCAGUGACAAUGAUGAAAUCACGCGCUAUCAACGUGAACGUGAAUACGACAAAAAUGCAUUACGCCAAUUGGUUCGAACGAAUGUACCUUUGUUGAAUCCCCAACAAAAAGAAGUGUACGAUACGGUGAUGAAGGCAAUUGAUGAUGAAAAUGUUGGCAUGUUUUUCCUUCAUGCGCCUUCACUGAUUUUGGCUACAGUUCGUGCAAUAUCAGAAAUUGCUGUAGCAGUUGUUUCUUCUCUAAUAGCAGCUACGCUGCUGGAAGGUUGCCUAACCGCUUAUUCGUCAUUAAAAUUGCCAUUAAACCUUCAAGCGGUUGAAGAACCAACAUGUAGCAUAGCGAAACAUUGA